AUGGAAAUAGGAGGCAAUAUCUACCAUCGCAGCUCCCCGCAAUUGCGACUCGGCCGCCCUACCACUACCACGUCGCUGCCUGGUCGUAGCGUCCUCAUCUCCACGUCCUCCCUUGUGCCAGGCAGCAGCUACCCAAAAGCCGGUUAUGACGACGUGAUCGGAUUUGGCCUACACCAAGGUGCCACGAAUGAGCAGCUUCGCGCCAUCCAGCUGUGGCCCGGUCAGCUACGCCUCAACUCACCCGUCUCAGUCACAGGACGCUCGCCGCACUUUGCAGACACUCGCGUCGGCUCCUCCCUACCAGCCAAGCUCACUGCAACCUUCAGUGAAGAGCUCGAUGCCAGCCGCGGCCUGGUGGCGCUCAGCCAGGAUAUGACUCCCCGAAACAUCUACGGCCCCUGCGGCGCGCGAAAAUCGGCCGAUCUCUACAACCCCUCUGUAGGCAACAUCGAAUCCUCCGUGAAAGACUUUUAA